AUGCAGCCCCUAGCGAUAUGGCAUGUUCCCCGUGGCAUUGGCCCUAAUCCUUGGAGAGUCAUUUUCAUCUGCUCCGAACUCGACUUGCCCUCGAAAGCCAAGCGAAUUCUGUUCAUGAUCAACGACUGUUCAGUCAAACAGAAGGAGCCGAGAGGAUUCGGACCAGACAAGGCUGAGUGUGUCAAGCCUGCUCGCCUGACUCAAGAUAUUCUGAAUGCUACCUCUAUUCGUACCUCUCAGAGUAAUAGCUCCGAUUUUAUGCAGCAACUCGAAAUUCCUCUCCGACUUGAGUCUGAGCCUAAAGUGUUCACUUACGUAUAA